GAUUGCACAUUGAUAAUGAUGUACGUCUUGUGCUGAUGCAAGAACCAUUUCUGUACAUAAAAUUCCCUAAGUACAUGUUGCACUGAGCUGGUGAAGCUAGGUAGUUGGUAGCCAAGCUACUGACGGACUCAUACCCAGGGGUCUUAAAACUAAUGGGUAGGCAGGAUCUGUCUUGCUGACCCAGCGCUAUGCUGGUAACCUGGUAGCAUAUAAAGUAACCCUGAAGUUGAGGGUAACUUUGAUAACUCGGAAUAGCAUUCAGUGCUGUUAUGGUUGACAAUGGAGGAUGACUUGCUGCCCAUCUCUUGCCAUUGUUGGCUGAAGCACAUCCCCAAGCCCAAGAUGCAGGUGUGUGUGCUGGGAGAUCAGGUGCACUUGGAUCAGGCCAAGGAGCUUGGGCUUCCCUGCAUGUCUGCUGAUGAUCUCAAGAAGCUGAACAAGGACAAGAAGCUCGUCAAGAAACUCGCUAAGAAGUACAACGCGUUCCUGGCAUCAGAGUCCCUGAUUAAGCAGAUCCCUCGUCUGCUGGGCCCCGGUCUCAACAAGGCUGGAAAGUUCCCCACCAUGGUGACUCAUCAGGACAAACUCACCGAGAAGGUUGAUGAGAUCAAAGCAACCAUCAAGUUCCAGAUGAAGAAGGUGUUGUGCCUCUCUGUGGCCAUCGGGCACAUCGACCACAGUCCCGACGACCUCGUGCAGAACAUUUACAUCGCCAUGAACUUCCUGGUGUCCCUGCUCAAGAAGCACUGGCAGAACGUCAAGUCCCUGCACAUCAAGAGCACCAUGGGCAAAGUCCAGCGGCUCUACUAAAUAAAUGCCGCAGUUCGUUGCUGCCGUCAACGUG